UUACACCUCGUGGCCUCAUUUGAGAAAAUGGCGAAGGUAGUCCUGGUGUCUUACCUCGAUCGCAACAAAGUUUUACGGAUACCUCACAACAAACCUUCUCACAGAACUGAUCUUGAAUUCCUGGAAGACUCAUUUAGAAGUUCUUUUUCAUUUCAGAAGAACGUGAAACUCUGUGUUACGUUUCAGCGAUAUGACAAUGAUUGGGGAGAAUAUGUCGAUAUGGAGCCUUUUGAAUUGGUAGAGAAUAGAAAAAAACUAAAGGCUGUUGUCUCCCCUUUAUUGGAAGAUCCAAGUACUAACAGCUCGCUGUCUGUGGUAUCACCUUUGACACCAUCUAGUGAUCAAGCUUCAUCGUCACGCGAUACGGACAGCACCUCAAACAGCACUCAUGUCAGCCUGCAGGGUGACUUGACUAUUGACUGCAGUGUUGAGAAUGGUAAACAAACCCCUUUAAGUAGCUGCAAGCAUAAAAGUUCCAGAAGUAAAUCAAUUUUGGAUGAUUUUGAAGAUAAUGAAGAAAUAUCAAGGGGCAUAAAGAAGAAAUGUAGAAAAUUAGUGCUAGGGGAUUCUGAUGAUAGCUCUAUAGAGGAGAUUGAAAAGUCUGAAGAAAAUAAUGAUAGUAUGCCUGUCGUGAAAGUUGAACCAAGUGUUGCUAAGUUUAAGGUACAAAAGGAUAAAGAUGUUUUAUUGCCCGACCCAUUUCCUCUUCCUAAACGUGUUACACCACGAGUAGAUGCAGCUGUAAGCUCUGGUGAAGUUGAUCGCUUAGCUCGAAAUAGUCUUCUCUCUAGCGUGGCUCACUCUAUUUAUCAAAUUAAAGCUUAUCCAUCCGAAGCUGAUUUUAUCAAUGUAUCAAAGGAGAUCAUGAAGAACUACCCUACAUUUUUUCUUUCACAAGGUGCUUUAAUUGAGCUGCUCAAAGAGAGAAUGAUGCAGAUAAGACGUCCUCCAAUACUACGCACUCCAAAAGAGAAAGGAAGUACUUCAUCAAAGGCACUGAAAGGAGGAAGAUCACCUGGCUCAAUUGAUUCUUUAAAAGCUCCACCAGUCCCUUUAGGUGAAGAUGAGCAUUCCUUUGAGAGACACAAUCGAGUGUUGAAGUCACAAUAUUCAAAAUCCCACCCAAACCAGCAGAUUGUGACUGAACUAAUGCGCAUAACAUUUGCAAUGAGAAGGGCUGAUAUUCUCAAUUGCCCCUGUGAUGUCAAGACAAUAUUUGAAAAAUAUCCAUUUCUACAGACAGAACAUCUUAUUAAUGACUUCACUCUGUUGGUUGGGUCAUCUAUUCAUCUUGAGAAAGACAUCACUAUAGAAGAUUAUUUUGCAUCCAGUUUUUCUUCAUUUAUUCCUAAAAUUUUUUCGCUAGCAGCAAUUGAAUCAAAAGGGAGAAAGCUCUUUAACUCUGUUUAUCAUGAUUUAUGCCAAAAAGAUACUUCAGUGGAGUCUAAACUAUUAAUUGCUUUGUAUUUUCUUGUGUACCUUCUUCCUGAUGCUCAGGCUAAAGUGAACCCUUCUCUUCUACUACUUUUCUCUGAGGGAGCUUUGGAUGUUGAAAAAGUUGCUGCAGAUUCUAGAAAUAAGCAUCCAUUCAUCAUCAUUCUUGGUUCCAUGAACAAGCCUGAACAAUUCUUUCUUAUUGUAGAUAAAGUUGUUGUCAGGGAAGUAGAAGCUACUUCAAUUUUGAUCAACCUCCUCUCUGCCUAUUAUGUAUAUAAUGUUUGUUAUCCUCAAGGUCUGAUCAAUUUCUUCACUUUUUUGGAGAUCAUGCUACUGAAGAUCAAGCCAAAGAAAGUUGCUCCUUGUGUAUCAUUAAUUGUUGGACAUUUUGAUGCAAAGUGACUGUUAUUUGAUGUUUCAUUCAUAUAAUCUCAUUUUUUGAUAAAA